AUGAGAACUCUGGUGACUUGUUUGCUAGCCGCGGCGGGACUUUUGUCCUCUGCGGAUGCCUUUUAUCUUCCGGGAGUGGCUCCUACCACUUAUCAUAAAGGUGAUGACAUUCCACUGUUGGUCAAUCACUUGACGCCAACGAUGUACUUUCAGCACAAGGGUGAGAAUAACGAAGAUCUUGGCGAUAAAGAGUCGUUCUUAUACUCGUACGAUUACUACUACGACAAGCUUCAUUUCUGUCGUCCGGAAACUUUGGAAAAACAACGGGAAUCGCUUGGAUCGAUCAUUUUCGGAGACAGAAUUUACAACUCACCUUUUCAAAUUCAAAUGCUAGAAGAAAAAGAGUGUGUUCCACUAUGCACCCAAACUAUUCCAGCUGAAGACGCGAAAUUCGUGAACAAACUAAUCUACAACGGGUUUUUCCAAAACUGGCUAGUCGACGGUUUGCCUGCAGCUCGUGUCUCCCAUGAUGAAAGAACAAAGACGGACUUCUAUACGCCUGGUUUUGAACUUGGCCUGGUCGAUGUAGGCGGGUCUAAAUUGAGAAUGAACGGACAGGACCAAAACUCCAAUGAACCUGAAUCACAGCCCCACACAAACCCCGUUUCUGAGGGUGACUAUUUAGAAGAACCUCCUCUCGAAAAAUCACACAAGCUCAUGAAAAGAAAGAACGUGGUCGAUGUCGAUAAAAUGGUAAAACAAAUCGAAACACCUUAUUUUGUCAACCAUUUCGACAUUCAAAUUGAAUAUCAUGACCGCGGAAAUGGAGACUACAGAGUGGUGGGAGUCACUGUGAACCCUGCUUCUAUCAAAAGAUCUUCUUCUGACUCUUGCGCCGCGACUGGUGAAUUGUUAGAGCUAUCAGAAGAAAAGGAAACUGAGGUGAACUUUUCUUACUCUGUUCGCUUCAAGUCAUCGCCCACUGCAUGGGCCACGAGAUGGGACAAGUAUUUGCAUGUUUAUGACCCCAAAAUCCAAUGGUUUUCGCUAGUCAAUUUCUCGCUGGUGGUGAUUUUACUAUCCUCCGUUAUGAUACACAGCUUGUACCGCACACUCAGAGAUGAUUUGUCUCGUUACAACCAAUUGAACUUGGACGAUGAUUUUCAAGAAGAAACUGGGUGGAAAUUGGUUCAUGGUGACGUUUUCCGGACUCCAUCGAGAUCACUAUUACUGUCGGUUCUAGUCGGAUCUGGAGCUCAACUCUUUUUGAUGGCAGCCUGCACCAUCGCUUUCGCGUUGUUUGGGCUUCUAUCCCCAUCUUCUAGAGGGUCAUUGGCCACCGUGAUGUUUAUUCUCUACGCUCUAUUCGGACUCUUCGGCUCCUAUACCUCGAUGGCCACAUACAAAUUUUUCGGAGGACAAUACUGGAAAGUGAACAUGCUUUUGACGCCUUUAUUGGUGCCUGGUUUCAUUUUCUGCGUGAUGCUGGCCCUGAACUUUUUCCUCAUUUUUGUUGAAUCUGCGGGUGCCAUUCCGUUCGGCACUAUGUGUGCCAUGGUUGCCCUGUGGUUCAUAUUCUCCCUUCCCUUGGCUGCAGUGGGGUCAUUUGUUGCACGCAAGAAAUGUCACUGGGACGAGCACCCUACUAAGACCAAACAAAUUCCCAGACAAAUCCCUUUCCAACCAUGGUAUCUCAAAACCAUACCUGCAUCUUUGAUCGCCGGUAUUUUCCCCUUUGGCUCGAUCGCUGUGGAGCUUUACUUCAUCUACUCCAGUUUGUGGUUCAACAAGAUCUUCUAUAUGUUUGGUUUCUUAUUCGUAUCCUUCCUGCUGCUAACUUUGACAACUUCCUUGAUGACCGUUAUGCUCACCUACUAUUCCCUGUGUUUGGAAAACUGGAAGUGGCAAUGGAGAGGAUUUUGGAUAGGAGGUACUGGUUGUGCGGCUUACAUUUUUGUCCAUUCCAUCAUUUUCACGCAGUUCAAACUUGGUGGUUUGACGACUAUCGUACUAUACCUGGGCUACUCGCUGCUGAUCUCGCUGCUGUCGUGCCUAAUAACCGGUACGAUUGGGUUUUUAAGCAGUUUAUGGUUUGUGAGAAGAAUCUAUUCAUCUAUAAAGGUUGACUAA